UCAGCACAACGUUUCCUUGUCCGCCUGGGGAGUCGUGAGGCUUCUGGAGGCUCAGGAUGACUCUCUUCGAUGGCGUCUACCCCUUCUACCCCCAGCAGAGGAAGGCUGCUGUGUUUGACAUCAGCACCAUCAUCGUGAUCGUGGUCUUCCUAACGCUGGCUUGCAGCUUCCUGCUCAUCACCCCGGGCAUCCGCGGGCGGGCAAGGCUGUACUGGACUCUCCGGGUUCUCCUCAGCCUGGCCGUGGGGAUGGUGAUCGUGGCUGUGCAGUUCACGGGGGACUGGGAGCGCGGCUGGGCGAGGGCCAACACCUCCUACAAGUCCUUCAGCCCCGCGCUGGUGAGCGCAGACAUCGGGCUGCACGUUGGGCUGGCGGGGGUCAAUGUCACGCUGCUGGGGGCCCCGGUGAGGCAGCUCAACGAGACCAUCGACUACAACGAGCACUUCGCCUGGGGCGCAGACUACGAGCAGAGCUACGGCGCAGGGCUGCAGAAGGGGCUGCCCACCCCCAUCCUCUACGUGGCAGAGAAGUUCCGGGCGCGGAGCCCCUGCGGCGCGCAGCAGCAGUACCGCAGCGCCGGGCGCUACGCAUCCAUCGCGCUCUGGGUGGCCUUUUGCACCUGGCUCGUCUCCAACAUGCUCUUCUCCACGCCUGCCCUCGUCUACGGCGGCUACACGCUGCUGCUCACCGGCGCCUUCCUCCUCUUCUCACUGCUCUCCUUCUCCACCGUGAGGACCUCCCUGCUCUGCCCCAUCCAGUUCGGGCCCGUGGCCCUGCACACAGCCUACGGGGGCUCCUUCUGGCUCACGCUGGCAGUGGGCCUGCUCUGCUUGCUGGCUGGGGUCACUGUUGUCCUGCUGCACCACUUCAACUUGGACCUGCUGAAAACCUUCUUUGACCUCCGUGAGGACCUAGCAGAGGAGUGCCAAGAGAUGACUCAAGUGUACAUCAACCCUCGCUUCGUGAGCAAGGGCCUGGGUCCCCUUCCACCCUCCAAACCCAGCCCCAGCAGCAUCUAGAAGAAAGCUUU